AUGGCCGCGCCCCUGCGCAACUCGCUGACGAGCCAUGCCGGCCGCUCAUGCUCAUGUUUCCGAUCUUGGCCCGGCGCUUCAGUCCGUGGCAUCACCAGCUUCGGCCCGGCCAAUGCUCCCGCGCAGGCGCCGGCGUUGACAGAGAGUCUUUCAACAGAACAAUCGCAAUCAGAUGACGAUGCUCUGCUAUUACUGCGGCAAGAUAAAGUAUCAUCUGCGCGGGGCAGCUUGUCGCGGACGACGCACUUUGAGAGCUCUGGAGCUGUGUGGAUGGGAGGCCGGGGAGAGACGCCGCCGGAUCCCAACAAAGCAAAGCUCGGCAAGACUCUGCGAAUCCUCCAAGAACGCCUUCCAACGCUGCUCCAAUCUCCCCUCCCGCAGGACAUCCUCGCCCCCAACAUCUCGCUCCAGCUAUUCCCCUCCACGCAUCCUCACCUGCCCGUCGUCUCCGGCCGAGUCGCUUACGCCGCCGCCCUCUGGACCUCGCCCAUUGCCUGGAACCGCGUGCCCAUCAUCGGCAACGUGAAGCUCGAGAUCCUCGCCGAGCGCAUGACGUCAGAGCCGCUGACUUUCCUGCCCAGACGGCCCGGCGCCACGUCGGAACAGCUCGUCGUGCGCUGGUGCGAGAAGCGCAAGACCAAGGAGAGCAAAUCUGGAGGUGGUGGGAGUUCGUUGCCGUGGCUGAGGCUGGCGAGGGGCGUGGAUCCGAACAAGGCCUUUACGGGGCUGUUCAUCUUCGACUUUGAUGCCGAGGGGAGGAUCUUGACGCAUACCAUUGAGCAGGCGCAGGAGGGCGGCGAUUGGGAGAAGGGCAUGGGCGCCAAGUUUGUGGGCCUGACGGAUUGGCUGCUUGGUGGCAUGACGAGGGAUCCUGGCGCUCCGAUACCAAUGUUUGAGAGGAAACGAUGUUGUAGUUCCCAGUGA